AGUGAUAUCAUUCGAAGAGUUUCAAUAAAAAAUCAGUACGGGCGCGCUAGAUCGGCCAAACGAAUCGAUCAAUCUUUCCUCCCACCUACCUCGUUUCGAAUGUCCGGAAGCGUUCGAAUUCAGGUCCUUUUCUUCGCGUCGGCGCGAGAGGCCGCAGGGGGGCUGUCCACGACGACCCUCGAGCUGACGACAGACGAGGCCAACACACAGAGCCUCCGCCAAAAACUGGCCUCUCUCUACCCAAAGCUAGCGAACAUGGUCCAGGAUGAGGAUAAUCUGACCCUGGCACUGAACGAAGAAUAUGUUACCAAAGGUCAGGUUUUGCCACUACGGGAACGAGACACGGUAGCCUUGAUUCCACCCAUCAGCGGUGGGUAGAAAAGGAGGGCCAAAAACUMUUGUAAUGAUUGAAAUUAUUAAUACAAGAGAAAUUGCUUC